AUGUGGGUGCCCGAUUCCGAGGGCACCCUGCACAUGGUGGACCUGCUGGACGUGGAGCCGGAGGACACCCCCGUGCCCUUUUUCAACGGAGAGAAGGAUGUUGACCUCAUGCUGUACACGCAAAACAAUCCAUCUUCACCCGAGUACAUCCUCCAAUCCGAUCCGUCAAAGUCUCCCAGCUUCAACCCCGCCAAUCCAACACGCUUCGUCCUUCACGGUUGGACCUCCAGCUACAAGCAGAUGGACCCCAUCCGUAAAGCGUACAUCGACACCGGCAAGAACUGGAACGUGGUGUUGGUGGACUGGCACAGCCCCGCUUCCAGCGAGUAUUCCAUCUCGAAGCGCAACUCCCGGCGCGUAGGAGAGUACUUGGCGGAAGUGAUCCAGCAUCUCGUUGCCAACCGCGGUCUCCGCCUGGACGACGUGUACAUCAUCGGACACAGCCUGGGCGGCCAGGCGGCCGGUGUUGCGGGCAACCGCCUCGGCGGACAGGUCGCUCGAGUUGUCGGUCUGGACGCCGCCGCGCCUCUCUUCGGCACCACCUCCGAGAAGAACCGCCUGGACCCCUCCGACGCCAAGGUUGUGCAAGGCAUCCACACCAACGGCGGCCUCCUCGGCUGGAAGGACCCUCUAGGCGACGUCGACUUCUUCCCCAACGGCGGCUCCAGCCAGGCCGGCUGCAUCCUCGACGUCAGCGGUGCCUGUGCGCACAACCGCUCCCCCACCUACUACGCCGAGUCUGUGGUAACGCAGGCCUUCGUGGGCGCCGAGUGCGACAGCUACUCCAAGUACAAGAAGGGAACGUGCAGCGGUAACGUUCACGCGCCCAUGGGCGAAUGGACAGACUCUUCAAUUACUGGCAACUUCUACCUCAACACGAACUCGAAAUCCCCUUACGCCCAGGGCAACACCGGCCUGUAA